AUGGAGAGACUGGGCGUCCACAGGAAGAAGAGCCCCAAGCAAUCCAAGGCCAAGAAGACGCCCAUCAAAGUGGUGUACAUCUCCAACCCCAUGAAGGUGAAGGCGAGCGUCGCCGAGUUCCGCUCCGUUGUCCAGGAGCUCACCGGCCAGGACUCCGACAUCGCCGGCUUCUCCAAGUAUCGCUCGGUGGACACCGAUUCCGGCGAUCCCCCUCCCUCUAACUCCCCCGGCUUGGCCGUCGAGUCAACCCGGGCAAACCCUAGCGACACGGAUCUGCUCUACGAUGCGUGUCGAAGGAUCACGAGCCCGGUGAGGGAGUUGGAUGAGUACUUCGACGUCUCAGAAAUGCGCGAUGGUUUUGCAGAGUUCUCGCCGUCGCCGCUGUACUACGAGCCCCAAAGCCAUGGCGUUCGUGAUUGCGUCUGA